AUGGCUUCUUUUCAAGGACUAGCACCCAGAAUAUUCUGGGGACUUACAACAAGUAUCAAAGGAAACAUAAACUAUGUAUCUGACUUGGAUGUGCUUUACCCAGCAGGUGGAGUACUAGUGAUUCACAACUAUGUACAAAUGACACAGUUCUACAUCAAACUGCCCGAACCUCAGAAAGUGCUGAACAUAAUUUGUGUCAGCCCUAACAAAAAAAUAAUAGCAAUUGCUGAGGAGGGAGAUAAACCAUGUAUUUCACUCUACGAUGUAAAAUCUAUGAAGAGGAAAAAAGUGCUGGGACUUCCAUACGAGUCUUCAGCAAAGGAGUUUGUUAGCAUCGCUUUCACGUUUGACAGCCGAUACUUGGUGGCUGUGGUGGGAGAGCCUGACUGGAUGAUGUUGUUCUACAACUGGGAGAAGGGCAAGGUUGAAAGUCAAACUCGAGCGAACAACCCACCAGCAAAUACUGGCCCUGUUACACAGGUGUGUCCUAACCCCACCGACGGCGCAGUGGUAGUAAUUGUGGGUCCGGGCUUGUUUCGUCUGAUGAGCGUCUCGGACACUGUGUGGCGGCAGUACGGCUUCCAGAAGGCGGACAAGAUGCCUAUAAAAUGUGUCUGUUGGAUCACACCUGACCGCGUGCUUGCCGGUACUGAAGAUGAUCGACUCAUCGUCGUGGAAUAUGGAGACUUACGAGGCCGUUACAGAGCCAGUGUUAUCUCAGAGUUUGAUGUGCAAGUUCUAGAAGAUCAGCCAGGAGCAUACUCGUACAACACUGAAUGCAAGAUCGAUAGUGACAAAGAGGUGACUUGCGUCCUCGCCUUCUCUAAUGGUUUCGCAUACUCAAUAGCAAACUACAUCAUCGUGUUUGAGAAGCAGACAAAAUACAGGUAUAAAAGAAAGAACGUCUACCGCAUCGGCGGGAUUGAGAUUCGUGGGGAAAUGUCCGAGGAAAUGAACACAAUACGUAAUCUCGCUGUGAAUCCCGCUCAGGAUAGGAUCCUAGCAACUACGCAGCAAAGCCAGAUAUACUACGCAGCCUUACUGCCUGCAGACGCCCCUGCUUCCGCUGCAGAUGCUAUGACGGUGAUGGAUUGCCUGGGUGAGUCGCUGCAUCACGGGCCAAUCGCUGGUCUCGCCACUUGCGCCUGGAAAACUAUCUUCAUGACUUGCGGAGAGAUUGACCGCACGGUUCGAGUGUGGGAUCUGACAACCGAGUCGCUCAUUCUCACCAAACAUUAUCAAGAGGACAUUUUCUCUGUCGCUUUACACCCAACCGGGCUUUACGCAACCGUGGGAUUCUCAGAUAAGUUGAGGUUUAUGUUGGUUCUUCUUGACGACCUCAACACAAUCAGAGAGUUCUCUAUCCGCACUUGUCGUCAGGUCGCGUUCAGCAACACUGGCAACAUGUUUGCAGCCGUCAACGCUUCUACCAUUCAGGUGUUUUGUGUCAUCACCUUCCAGUGUGUCUACUAUCUCAAGGGGCAUAAUGAAUACGUUCGCUCGUUAGUUUGGACUCCGGAUGACAGGAGUUUGUUCUCUUGUGGGAGUGACGGCGCAAUUUACGAAUGGAACACUUACGACGGGACCAGAGCUAACGAUGUUAUUACAAAGCAGUGUGACUACAUGGGUCUGGCGACUUCGCAAGAUGGUAAACUAGUCUACGGUGUUGGAUCUGACGGGCUUUUGAAAGAAAUUAACAAUGCAGAGAUAUUACGGGAGGAGAGUCUUCACCACUCGUGUUUGUAUGCAGUACAGCUCUCUCGCUCUGACCAGAUGAUGUUUUGUACGGGAACUAAAGGAGCGAUUCUGUCCGUUCGCUACCCUCUACUCAGACCACCGGAGUUUGCUGAGUUUUUCUUGCAUAACAACCCUGUGACAAUGAUAAAACUGAGCUAUGAUGAUCUCAAUUUGAUAUCAUGCUCAAACGACGGGACGAUGUGUAUUUGGAAACUGAUCAACACAGACCGCAAAUGCAUCAAGAUGGAUCCUGAUUUCUCCUAUUCUAAAGAGAUUUUAAUCAACAAAGAAGAUUUGGGUGAAAAAAUUCAGCAAAUAAAGUAUUUAGAAAAUCUGGUGAAAUCACUUGAAACGGAUCAUGCGUACCAGAUAAAAGAGAUGGAGACUGAGCAUUCAAACAAAGUACAAGAGCUCCACAACGGCUACUGUGCAGCGAUCCAGAACCUCAAGGAUAAAAAUCAGGAAUUGGUAGCAGAGCACACUGUGGAAAUCAACAAAAUGAACAGCAACAGUCUUGAAAUGAAAAGAGAACAUAUGGCAGCCAUGGAAAAACUUGAAUCCAACUACAAUGCAAAACUGAUCGUGGAAUAUGACAAAUACGCAGCGUUGGAUGAAAAGGAUAAAAUACUUCGAGAUAAAUUGCUUAGGCAGAUUGAUGAGCUAACCAAAUCAAAGGAGCUAGCAUUAAAGAGAAUGGCUGAAGAAUACGAAGAGAAACUGAAGGCAAAAGAUGCCAUCAUCCAAGAGCUUAAUGACACACAAAAUCUACACAGUGUUGAACACGAGGAAAUCAAACGACAAAUAGAGGAAGACGCUGACCAAGAAAUCAUCGAUCUGAGGACAAAGUUUGAACAAGCUUUGCGAACGGAGAAAGACACGAAUGUACGACUUCGUGGAGAAACUGGAGUCAUGAAAAAGAAAUUCCUUGCGGCUCAAAAAGAAAUUGAUGAGUUAAAACAUCAAGUUUCGGCCCUUCAUAAUGAACAUCAGCAAUUAAAGGUCGAAAUAGUCAAUAGGGAACAAGACAUCACCAACUUGAAGAAGGAGAUAUUCGAGAGGGAUUACACGAUUACAGAAAAUGAACGACGAUUUUCAGAGGUUAAGAAUAAGAAUCAAGAGUUGGAUAAGUUCAAGUUUGUACUCAAUCACAAAAUAAAAGAACUUAGAAUGCAAAUACAUCCUAAGGAGGAAGAGAUAAAACAAAAGAAGGAACAAAUUCAAGAUAUGGAGGAAGAAAUCAACGAGUACCAGCAGAAGGAGAGCAGCCUCCAACUGGAGAUAGCUGAACUGAAGGAGGGCGUGGGACUGAGAGAAAAGGAUUACCAGAAAGAGAAAAAACUGAACAAAGAAACACAAGCGAUCCUUCGAAGGAUAAGAUACGAGCUGCAUGAGUUAUCAGCUCUAGUGCAAGAACCCCUGGAGCUAAAGAGAGCAGUGAUAAAUCUGUACCACAAAUAUAGCGAAGGAAAACAGUUUGAGCACAGCAGACAGGAAGAUCGAGAUGCUCAAAACGAGUUCUUACGACAGCGUGACCAUCUCGAGCGCACAGUUGAUGGCCUCAAGAGAAAACUUUACUACAAGGAAUCAACCAAGAAGAACACCACUGAGAAAAUAAUGAAGGAUAACGUCAUACUUAUUGAAGAGGUGAAUGCUUUGCGGAAGGAGUUAGUAGAUUGUAAACGACACGUCAAAGAUCUCGAGAGUAUUGUGGGAAUGCACAAGUUCAUCACUCCACGAGAAGCACAGAAGAAACUUCAGAUGGCUGUUCAAACCAAGGAGAGCAUCCACGAAGAGUACAAGUACAAGAUAAAGGAACUGGAAGAUCAAAUUGGCGUUCAACAGAAUGAAAUGGCCCAGCUGAUAGUGAAAAAUAAACAGCUUGAAGAAAAGUUGAAGAAAAAGGUACAGCUGGAAGAAAAACCCAGUUUGAGACCGUCAGAAGCCUAAAUAUUAAGCUGAAUGUUUUUAUUUUAGUUAAUAUUAUGUUAAUUUUGUGUGUUGUUUUAUUGUAUAAUACACGACUAUUUAUAUCAUUGGAAAAUUUAUCUUUUGCAUAUGAGUAACUCCGUUACAGAGAGUGAUAAGUUUGGAUGAGGUUUAGAGAACAUUCUAAAUAUUAGAUACACGCGAUAUGUAAGGGAGUGACACAGUCCUUAUCAAGACUUCUUAGUUGUUGUAACUAUUUAUCAUAAUUACUUUAAGCACUAAUGAAGGUUUGC